GCUUUAGCAACGCCAUCUUCUUCGAUUAUCUCUCAGGAAAAAAAAUGGCGAAGAGAGAGAUGGCAGUGUACUGUUUCGACACUUUGGUCUCUCACUACAACAACGAUGACACUCCUCCACCUGCCUUUGACGACGCCAAUCAUCCAUUGUUUGUGACCUGGAAGAAAAUAGUGAAUGGUGGGGAGCCUCGUUUGCGUGGAUGUAUUGGUACACUGGAAGCACGGCGCUUGAUCAGUGGCUUCAAGGAUUAUGCCUUGACCAGUGCCCUUAGGGAUCGUAGGUUCCCACCAAUACAGUCCAAAGAACUGCCAUUCCUGCAAUGUACGGUCUCUGUCCUGACUGAUUAUGAAACUGCAGAGGACUAUCUUGAUUGGGAGGUGGGAAAGCAUGGUAUAAUUAUUGAGUUCACUGAACCUGUGACUAAUAUAAAGCGAAACGCCACAUAUUUGCCUGAGGUACCAGCUCAUGAAGGCUGGACAAAGAUGGAGGCAAUAAACUCGCUAGUGCGUAAAGCAGGAUACAACGGUGAAAUAACAGAAUCAGUGCGUAGGAGAAUCCAUCUAACACGUUACCAGAGUACAUUAUUCAGCAUGCAUUAUAGUGAAUACCUUUCAUACGUGAAGGCCACUAGAGGCGGUGUUGCCCCAGCUAUUAACGGUACCAGCAAGCCCGCCAUGGCCUUGUCUUGAUUUGCACAAUAAAGCUGCUACUAAUUUGUGCACCUCCUCCUCAUUUAUCUUUGUGCUUUCUCUGAUUUAAAGAAAACUUCUUCAGGAAGACUAUUUGGCUGCUUCACAAUUGUAUUACAACAAUCAACAAUUGUUAUUAAAUCAAAGGAAUAGGAAUCAACUUUGUUCUCUC